AUGCUGGAAGAGGAGGGGGCGGUCGACAGGAAGGAGGAGGAGGAGGAGGAGGGCAGAAAGAGCACUCUACACCUUCAGCAGACGCAUGAGAGAGCGCUCAAGGAGGAGAAGAGAGAAGAGAUGAGAGGGAAGUCGCCCAAGAAGGAAGAGGAGGAGGAGGAGGAGGAUCAUCAUCGGAAAACGAAGAGGAUGACAAAUUUUUCAAGACAAUUUCCAACACUGGCAGCUGAACACAACCAAAUCCUUUUCCCUAUACAAGACGUGAAGCACUCCAACAAGUGGAGCGAGGAGGAGGAUAACAGAGACAUUGAGAAAUACUCUCCAUCAGAGACAGAUGCGCACACAAACUCUCCCGCAAGAGACAAGAAUCUCUCCAACAUAGACAGGAGAGCAAAGGAAUCAAAAUACUUGGGGAUAAGCGUAGGAGAAGCACUCCCAUCCAUGUAUAGAGAGUACCGUGAGAAGCGUAUGGAAGCAGAGGAGGAGGAAGAGGAAGAGGAGAAGCAGUGCGAUAAACUUGACGAAUGCGGCUUUUUGAUCGGCGGCAGCUUGGACGAGUAUAGCUUGAGGAUAUAG